UUUCUCUCCCUACAAGAAGAAAGAAGAAAAAGAAAAGAAUUGAUCGAAUAUCAGAAAUGGGAAGAGCUCCAUGUUGUUCUAAAGAUGGGUUGAAGAAAGGCCCUUGGUCUACUAAAGAAGACUCAUUGCUCACCACUUACAUUCAACACCAUGGUGAAGGUCACUGGAGAUCUCUGCCCAAGAAUGCUGGGUUGCUUAGAUGUGGGAAGAGUUGCAGGCUGAGAUGGAUGAAUUACUUGAGGCCAGGGAUCAAGAGAGGAAACUUCACCCCUGAAGAAGAUGAUCUCAUAGUACGGCUCCACUCCCUUAUCGGGAACCGGUGGUCGCUCAUUGCCGGUCGGUUGCCCGGUCGGACCGAUAACGAGAUCAAGAAUUACUGGAACACUCACCUCCUCAAGAAGCUCAAGAGUGAAGGGUUCCAACCCAAACCGCGUAGAACUUCCAGAGCAAUCCCCAAGAACAAGAAGACAGCCAAACCGGAGAAAACCGGAAGAGAUGAGAAGAGAACAAAGCGCAAAUCCGGAAGUAAACCGGAUGCCGGAAACCGCCACCCAGAUCCACCGGAGAUGACGACUAAGGUUAAGGUAUAUGCACCGAAACCGGUCCGGGUCUCGACCGGGUUCGCAAGAAACUACAGCUUUGAUGAUCUGGCGGGGGCGAGCACGUCAUCCUCUUCAGGUCAUAAUAAUAAUAAUAAUAAUAAUAAUAAUAAUAAUAAUAAUAAUAAUAAUAAUAAUAAUAAUAAUAAUAAUAAUAACACAGUAGAUGGGACGUCGUUUGUUCCGUGGAACAUAUACGAUUAUGGAGACGAUUUGUUUAAGGAUUUAAUGGACGGCUGCGAUCUCUCGGCCAAUUAUUCACUAUCCGACCUGAAUGAUGCUAUGCUGGAGAAGGUAUAUGAUGAGUAUCUUGAGCUUCUCUCGGAGGAUUCUUAUCUUCAAACAUGUUUCCCUUCCUGAAUAUUAUUAUUGAAGAGAUUUUUAAUUUAUUUGUAAAUUCUGUUUCAGUUUAGGAAAAGGAAUU